CAACAAAAUUGGCUGUUAUUGUCGGCGAUGCCAAUAAGCAGCAACGGCCACAAAACCAAUAAUAACAACAACACGAGUAACAAACCACGAAUUAGCAAAAGAAACGCGCUAAGAAAAAAGCAAAACAAAAACAACAACAACUCAGUGUGCAGACAAGUGAUUUGCGGUGAAGUCGCUGUUAACGUCUUUUUGAGCGUCUUUAACGUCAGCUAGCGUCGCAGCAGUCAAAAUCGAGUUUCUGUUUUAAGUUUAACGUUUUUUCAAAUUUAGUUUCUUCGUGUUUGUCGUCGUUGAUGGUUGUCGAUAGCGGAUGUUUUUGUUUUUAUUUUCGUUUCGUUUCGUUUCUUUUGUGUUCGUUUUGAUUUGUGUGCAAAGUGCAACGAAAGUUGUUAAAGCAACAACUUGAAGCAAAAAAAAGGAAAAAACAGAAAAAUCUUAAAGCUGUAAAGUGCGCACUUUUACAGAUUUUCUUACAAGACAAGACAAGGCAAGACAAGACAAGCCAAGACCAAGACAGGUUAAAGGAAAACAUUUCUAAUUGGAUUUGUCAAUAAGUGAAAAAAAUUGUUACAUUUCUUUUAUUGCUUAACGAAUUCAUGGAAAGCGGAAAUUUUUCCUCAUAAAGUGACGGAACUCGUUUCUUAUCAAGACUUUUGGAAUUUAUACUUUAUUAUUGAUAUUUUUGUGUUGGCGACUCCGUACAAUAAUCGUACCGUAUUCUGUAUCCCAAAGUUGUUGAUUUCAAAUUUGCAUAUUAAACGGUUUACAAUAACAUCAUUCAUGCUGUUAAAUUUGCUAUUGAUCUUGACACGAAUGUAAGCCGUUAAGCAGAACUUCAGAUUCAACUGAUUCAACUGAUUUUGUGCAACUAAGAGGGAAAUAAUAUAAACAAAACUCCAGAGAUUAAGCUGCAGUUACUGAUUAUCUGAUAAUUAAAAGUUUCGUGCCUUAAAAAUGGCGCUACGUCUGCGUCGCGACGUACAGAAGGCGUCAUAUUAUGUUUGGUUUUUGGGUGCUGAAGAAGCAAAAGGUUUACGCGGCGCUCGCGUUAUCAAUUCUGUCUUACCCUAUUUGAUCGAUAGGUCACGCAGUCAGGAACCAUUAAAAGUGACGUUGCAAGUCUCACAUAAAGGCAUCAAAAUCUUACAAGGUUCCUCGAAACAUUUCAUACCACAUAGUGCCAUAACUAGUUCCGUGCAAACGGAUGAUAUAGUCGCUUGCGUAUUGUUAUUAUACAAUCCCGCGACCAAAUGUCCACUGCAUGUGCAUGCUUAUCGUUGCGAUUCUGAGUCCACAGCGGAGGCUCUACAUCAGCAACUGCAAAUUCUUAUAAAUAGACCAGAAAAUCAAAAGCGUUUUGAGGAACUAGAAACUAGAUUGGGCAUACUGCCACCUUUACCUUUGUCCAGCAAUAAAUUAACCGCUUCUAACAACAACAACGAACACAGCCAGAAGCAAGUCUUUCAGUCACAACACCAACAACAACGGCAGCAAACACAACAACAGCGUCGGCAUGAAACAUCACCUAAACGUUUUAGUUCAUCACUUGGCAGUGACAACAGUACACGUGAAUCCGAAUAUAGCGAGGAACAUAGCAGCGGCUCACCAAUAUCACGCUCACCACCAAUCGUUAAACCAUUACCACAACCGACCAAUGAACUAUUUGAUUCAUUAGCUGCCGAGCUGCGUGCUAAAUUAAAUGGCAAUGGUCCUCCGUUGUUAUUGCCCCCACGUGAUUAUGAUACCGUACAUCGCUCUAAGGGGAAUCUAACAGCAAUUGAAUUGCGUCGUUGUCGGAAUGCAUUGAUUGUGGGCGGUCCGACAGUUAAUUCUCCAACAGCGCAAACUGCAGCUACAAAUGGCAAACAAGUAUCAUCACGUGGUUCAUCUGGCAUCGGUUCUGAUUUAGCACCUAGCCCAGAGCGUCAAGAACUAAAUAGUUCAAGUGAUGAUGAACACUGGUCAAAUGAAGCAGAUAACUCUGUUAUUGCUUUGAAACCUUCACAAAUACCUGUUGAACGUUCUAUACCAAUUAUACCACAUCAUCCACUACUGAAUCGUAAAAGUGCUAUACAACCUCCGGAGGAUAGUUAUUUACGCGACUUACCAGCUAAACCAUACGCGCCUCGUUCAACUACAAAUAACAACAACAGUAAUAACAACAAUCGCGACAAAAUAGUCUCAAACCGAAUAAUUAAUGAACGUGAACAACGUUCAAAGACUCCUUCAUCUACUUCUUGGUCUAAGGAGGAUGAAAUUAAGCCCAUCAUCAUGCGUCCUGCUGAUUACGAUGCAAAAUUUAAUCGUGUCAUGCAAGCCGAACAAAAGCCCGAACAUAAUCGCCGUCACGACGCAACCCCAAGGGAACAUGCUAAGUUGCAUGAUACUGAUAAAUAUAACGAAAUUAAUCGCUUGCUGAAUAAAAAAUUGUCUUUAGAGCAACGACCCAAACAUAAAAGUAAUGAAGUUGAAGAUUUCGAUGAUUCUGAUCCUUCAAUUGAUCAAGUACCGCCACAUGCACCAUCUAGUUAUCGCAAGGAAAAUCUAACAGAUAAGCAGAAAUUUUUGGAAUACAAUUCUAAAAAGCAAACUAAAUCGUAUGCCGCAGAGGAGGUACAAAGAUAUGGUGGUCGCCAUAGAUAUGUUGAUCCAGCUGAUUUACCAUUUGAUCAACCAACACAUAACAAAUAUGCUGCUGUACAUCACACCACUCACUCACCAGAACGUGCACCGGUUGAACCUGAACAUCGAAAUAUCUCACGCGAAAAAGAACGCUACAGAGAACGUGAGCGCGAACGUGAACGAGAUAAUGAACGCGGACGCGAUCGAGAACGAGAUCGUGAACGUGAACGAGAGCAUUUCUCACGCAGUAACGAACGCAAUCCCUAUCGCGAACCAGAAAGCAUACCUUACAUACAAAGCAUGGAAAAAAUGAUGAAAUCCUCCGCUAUGCGUUAUAAAUCAUUCGAAGGAGUUUCUGAAUCUGUCCCUUCAACUAAAGAAGAAGCACACACAAAAGUAAGCCAACGUAGCAAGUCAUAUCCAAAGAACGAUGAUGACAAGAUAGAAUAUAAUAGAGGAAGAUCAGAGUAUGCAGCAUCUGCAAGCAGUAAUGUUUCACCAAAAGAACGAUUUAAGGAUGCAAAAGAUAAGUUUCGCGCAAUGGAACGUAAUGGGAGCAGAUAUGAUUUAGCAGAUGAACAUGACGGUUCAGAGUACAAAUCACGUCGACAUGGUUCAAGAGAACGGUCUGAUAAAAUACGUACUUAUGACAAUUGGAGUGAUGAUGAAUAUUUAGAUGAUGCACCACCAGCACCGGUUAGUAGAUCACGUAGUCAAUGGGAACAUCAAAGUAGUAAAUCUCGUGAUCGAACAGAUUUUGCACGCGAAAAUUCUAGAGAACACAUAAGAGAACGCGAACGUGAUACACGAGAUCAUAGAGAUUAUGGUCGCGAUAAUCGGCAGCGAGAGCCUUCUAGCAAGCGUUCUGACCCAAAAGACAUACGUGAAUAUCCAAGAGAACCAUAUCGUGAACAUCGUUACGAACAACGCAGUACGCCACGAGAUGCUGCACCCAUACGAGAACACAAAAGGGACUCAUCACGCGAAUAUAUUAGGGAGCAUGUCAAACGCGAUUACUCUCCAGAUGCUCGUUCUGAUCAUCGUUCAGAUUAUACUGUUCGUUCAAAUGAAAAACAACGUUUAGCACACCCACAUUCCGAAAAAUAUCCAUCUUCGCCGCCAAGCAAUGGAGCGCCUAUUUCAAAUGGUAAAAAUCUUUCUAAUCUUAAUAAAGGUUAUCGUCACAGUUAUGCAGAACCUGUUUUCGCUCGUUCAGGCGGUCGAGUGGGUUUGGCUGCUGUUAAUCCCUAUUGAAUAUAGGUGCAGAAUUUAAAUGGAAAACCUUUAUUAUACAAUAAGUUUAUAAAAUAUAAUACUAAUCACUUAAAUGUU